AUGAUAGAAACGUACAGUCAACCUUCUCCCCGCUCUGUGGCCACUGGACCUCCUGUCGGCAUGAAAAUUUUCAUGUAUUUACUGACUGUUUUUCUUAUCGCCCAGAUGAUUGGGUCGGCAUUUUUUGCUGUGUAUCUUCACAGAAGGUUGGACAAGAUAGACGAGGAAAGGAAUCUUCACGAAGACUUUGUAUUCAUGAAAAUGAUACAGCGAUGUACCAAAGGAGAAGGGUCCUUGUCCUUACUCAACUGUGAGGAAAUUAGAAGUCAGUUUGAAGGCUUCGUCAAGGGCAUAAUGCUAAAUGAAGAGACAAAGAAGACAGAAAAAACGUUUGAAAUGCAAAAGGGUGAUCAGGAGCCUCGAAUUGCAGCUCAUGUCAUAAGUGACGCCAGCAGUAAAACAGCAUCCGUUCUACAGUGGGCCGAAAAAGGAUAUUACACGAUGAGCACAAAGUUGGUAGAGCUCAAAUAUAAGAAGCAGCUGACCGUUCAAAGACAAGGAUUCUAUUAUAUCUAUGCUCAAGUCACCUUCUGUGCCAAUCAGGGAGCUUUGGGACAAGUGCCGUUUAUAGCCAGCAUCUGCCUGAGGUCCCCAAGUGAAUCCGAGAGAAUCUUACUCAGAGCGACAAAUACCCACAGUUCCACCAAACUUUGUGGGCAGCAAACCAUCCACCUGGGCGGAGUUUUUGAAUUACAACCCGGUGCUUCAGUAUUUGUCAAUGUGACUGAUCCAAGCCUCGUGAACCAUGGGACUGGCUUCACGUCUUUCGGCCUGCUCAAACUCUGA